AUGGCGGCUCGGGGAAGAGGCAGUGCAGCAGGCAGUAGGGCGCCGCUUGUCGCCGGUGCCGCGUUCCUGUGCGUGGCGGUGCUCCUGCUGGCGGCCGCCAUCCAGGCCGCAGAGGCGGGGACGACGUACCUCGUCGGCGACGCCGCCGGGUGGACGCGCAAUGUUGACUACGGCCAGUGGGUGGCGGGCAAGACCUUCCACGCCGGCGACAUCCUCGUGUUCAAGUACAACACCACGUGGCACGACGUGACGUGGGUGAGCAAGGGAGGCUACAGGAAGUGCAUCGUGUCACCCAAGGGACGCGCGCCGGUGUACCACACGGGCUACGACGCGGUGACGCUGCCCAGGGGCACGCACUACUUCAUCUGCGGCGCGCCGGGACACUGCAGCGCCGGCAUGAAGCUCGCCGUCACGGUCUGCUGA